UCUACCUCGGGUUCAUGUUUUGUAUUUAUAGUGUUUUUAUGGCAAUAUUCAGCCCAAUAGUUGGCAAGUAUUUAUACAGCUUUGGAAGAAGAAACAUGUGUAGAUGGGGAAUGAUUUUAGUUGCAGUUCCCUUUCUUGGCUUCUUCUUCAACAAUUAUACAACAAAUUCUACCCUGUUUAUUACUAUUUUUGUAAUGAUGAGAGCGAUUCAGGGAAUAGGAACUAGUAUGGUCCAGACUUCUUUAUUUUCUAUUCUUACGCUCACUUAUCCAACUCAAGUUAAUUUUGUGAUGGCUUGUGUUGAAACUUCAGCAGGAAUAGGACUGAGUUUAGGUCCAGUGAUGGGAACGAUUCUCUAUGAUUUUGGAGGGAGUGAAGCUCCUUUUUUGACGUUCUUUGUCACUUGCUUUGCGAUUGGGCUCAUUAUAAAGAGCUUAAUUCCUUAUUUUGUAGAUGAUAUUCUUGAAGAUUUGUCUCAAGAUAUCACAAGAAAGCCCCAAUAUUCUGAACUGUUGACUAACAAGAGGAUACUAUUUGCUUGCUUGUGUGUGUUCCUUGCAAUAUUCCAAUAUGCAUUCAUUGAUCCAAUUCUGGCAGAAUACGUCAAUAGCACUUUCAGCUUAGCACCGCAAACGUCAGGAUAUUUCUUCCUUGCUCUUGGACUUGGGUACUUGGUAAGCUGAGUUGUGAGCCCUAUGUACCUUGACUAUUUCUCAAACAUGAGGGUAUCUAUUAUAUCUUGCUUCUUGCUGGGCGUCUUUACAAUGUUCUACAGUUCUUCUUAUAUCUUGGCCUUCUUGACUCCCAACAUGAUGGUCUUGGCACUGGCCCUUUUUGCAGCAGGAGUUGCCAGCUCUCACCUGGUGAUAACUCCGAUGGAAGAGAUGAUAGAAGUGGCCAAAAGUUCAACUGACUCUGAAAGUAAGAUUCUAAACGACAUGUGUUCAGGCAUGUACAACAUGUUCUUUGCUCUAGGUGAAAUCUUCGGGCCUAUGCUUGGCAAUCUAGUUUUCAGUUUUUGGGGCUUCCCAAUGAUUUGAGAUGCUCUUGGAAUUGCCUUAAUGACUUUUGCUCUUGUAUACUUCUUAGCAUGUGAUUUUUCAUUGCAUAAAAAGCACUAAGAUGCUGCUUAAAGCUUGAAUACUUAACUUUUUCUGAUGAAUUAUUGUUCUUUUGAAAUUUUUGAAUUGUGGU